AUUAUAUUAGCUGCUGCACUGGGAUCAAGAAAAGCGAGUUCCACCGACGACACAAGACCAUCAAUAUCAAAGGUCCCAUAUAUAUUCCAUUCCCUCCCUUUUUAUUACUAACAUUAACUACAACCUAACAAUUAUAUAGAAAUGGGGAAUUGCUUGUUUGGAGGAGUUGGAGAUGGAAAUGAAGACAUGGUGAAAGUGAUUACAUCCACCGGUGGAAUCAUGGAAUUCGUUGCUCCCGUUACAGUCGAAUUCAUUGCAGAAGAAUUUCCGGGGCAUGGAAUAUUUAGAAGCCAGGAUCUUUUCUGGAAGCCACUGCCAGCGCAAGAAGUACUACUUGCAGGACAGUCUUAUUAUCUACUGCCGCUCAACAAAGAACAAAGCAAUAAUAUUAUUGAGGAUAAUGUUAUGGCCAAGAUAGAAAUAGGACAUGUAAGAUCAAAUAGUGUGCCACUUCCUCCUCAAAUUCAAAAUCUAGUGGUUGCACCGUAUAGAAUGUCGUUCGAUAGCCAAGGAUUAUUAAAAAGGUCUUAUACAGAAGCGUUGUAUAGCUACAACAACAGCAAUAGCAAUAGCCGCCGUCAGAAGCAGAGCAAGAAGAAGAACGGAGGCGGUUUUUGGAAAGUGAAAUUGGUCAUAAGUCCAAAACAACUAUUGGAGAUUUUAUCACAAGAGACUGCAACACAAGAGCUGAUUGAGAGUGUCAGAACUGUUGCUAAAUGCGGCAAAACUACUGGAUCCGCCAACUCCGUAGGAUUUUCAGAUUCAUGGAGUCUUUCGAGUAGUAGAAACACUUCAUCCUACAAAGAUGCUUUAUUUUCGUUAGAUUAGAGAUUAGAUCAGCACUGUUUCUUUGUUUUUUUGGGCAAUUCAUCUUUUGUGCCUGUAAUAUCUGUUGUAUUGUGUUCUGUUUCUCUUUCCUCAAUAUGCAUAUAUUAUCAAAUUAAA